GUAUAUUAUAAUUCUAAUGAGAACAUAAAUUCAAGUAAAUCUAUGAAUCACCACCGCAAUCCAUUAAAAUAAAUCCCUUUUGUACCUCUUCUUCCCCUCUCUUCGAUUUCCAUUUUGUUUCUUCUUCCUCAAAUUCCCAAUUGAAUUGCAGAAACUCCAUAUGGGUCUUCCAUUAACAACCCCUCUCUUCCUACUCGUACUCUCCAUCUGUUCUUCAACUUCUUCCUAUGCAGACCUCACAACCUUCGUUUACAAAGGCUGUGCUAACCAAAAAUUUGAAGACCCAUCUGGUAUCUCAUCGCAAAACCUCAAAUCACUCUACGCCAAUCUCAUAUCCCAAUCAUCCACUACCAAUUUCUACAACACCACCACCGGAAAUGCCCAAUUAACAACCUCCAUCACUGGAGUUUAUCAGUGCCGAGGAGAUUUAUCCAACUCUGAUUGCAACACAUGCGUCAAAAAAAUCCCUGAAACAAUUGAGAAAGUAUGUGGUGGAGAUACAAUCGCCGCCAGAGUUCAGCUAGAUGGAUGUUAUAUGAGGUAUGAAGUUGUUGGGUUCCCACCGGCGUCAGCAACGGAGCUGCUGUAUAAACAGUGCGCGUCGAAUCGGGCGAGUGGGUCUGGAUUUGAUGAGAGGUUGGAAUCGGCGUUGGAGCAGAUUGAAAAGGGGAUUGGGAACGGGAAAGGGUAUUACGCUGCAGAGUAUCAAUCGGUUGCUGUUUUGGGACAGUGUGAAGGCGAUUUGGGGAACGCGGAUUGUGUGAACUGUGUGAAAACUGCGGCGGAAAAUGGAAGGAGUGCGUGCGGGAGUUCACUUUCCGGUCGCAUUUAUCUCCAGCAGUGUUACAUCGGGUACACAUAUUACCCAAACGGAGUACCCGGAUCAGGGACAGGUAGUGGUGGUGGUGGUGGUGGUGGAAUAGAUACAGGUGUGAUGGAGACAGGUGGCGGAGGUGGGCGGCACAAUACCCAGAAGACGGUGGCGAUUGUUAUCGGGGGGUUAGCGGGAUUGUUUCUGGGGAUUGCUUUCUUGCUGGUUUUGAAAUCAGCUUUCAAGAAGAAAAAGGACAAGUACUCUCAUAGCCAUGGAGUUUCUGGACAGAAUUCAUGGGCAUUGAUUGAAGAGCAGGGCGAGUUGAGAGAGAAAAAAAGAUGGCAACCCUUUGAGUUCAUUCAUUUGUUCAUGCCUUUGAACCCAAGUCAAGUAAGUCUAACUAACUUGUCAUAUUGGCACAUGCAUGCAUUAAGAAUCAAUUCCUCUUAGCUUCCAAGUCAAGCAAUAAACAAUAUAAACCUCAAAUUCUCCCCUUUUCCCUUUCAAUCUGAAUUGAGCUCUUUCCUCUUCACUUGCCUACAAAACUCUAUAUUCAUCUCAUACUUCUCUGAAAUUUGAAAGAAACAAGAAGCUCCUCAAUCAAGUAAGUUUGUGUGAUUUAUGUUAUUGCUUUUAGCUUUGUUAGAUUGAGAAAACUGUAUUCAAUAAGAAAACGUUCUAUAAUCUAUAAUACUAAGCACGUUUCCAACAUUUGGAUUUGUGUUUCAAUUUUGAAUAAAAGUGUAUCCCAAGGUGAUCGUCAAAGAACAAGUCCAUGAUCAUGUCGAAUCGUUUGGUAUGUUUAUUUUCAUUCGUUUGCAUCCUUUUUUUUUUCUAUUAAUUUACUAAUUUUCUGGUGCUUUUUUUUUACUUGGUAUUUUGAUAUUUUACUUGUUAUAAUAGAAGGUCUCCGUUAUCUUGUUCGUUUUGGAGUAGAAAACGUAGCCCCUGAUGAAUCUUAUGCAAAAGCAAGGCAAAUUUGUGGGUCAAAUUUGGCAAUGCGAACUUUUCCCAUCGCAAAAGGGUCGGGGAAGAUAGAGAAUCGUGAAAUUAAGGACGUUGAUCAUGCAGUUCAACGUCCUCGAGCAGUAUUAUCUAGUCCCGAUAAUGACUAUUUGAUUGGGAGGAUGAACGAGAAGGCAUUCAAACGGGUUUCUACUCCAAAACCACAUGUCAAUUUGGUUCAUGUUGACGUUGGGAAGGCACGUGUUACAGUUCGUGGUACAAAUACAAACCCAACCUUUGGUGUACAAAAUCGCCCCAACAUAAAAGACAACAAUAGACCGUCAAUUUUAAAAGAUAAAACAUGUAUAACAAAACUAAAAUCAUAAAUUUAUAAGACAUUGUGAUGGAUUUGCUUAUAAAUUUGAUCUUAUUGACUGCAA